CUAACAUACAUGAAAGAGAUCCGGAAACUCAAGCAGUCUUCGAGAAAGAUAAAUUUUAUUAUAUUGGAGAUAAAAUUAUACCCAACAAUUAUGGAAAAGAUAAAAAAGUAAAGAUAGCAGUUUCAAUCUCAAUGCAUUUAAUGAUCUUUGAUAAAAUUAGUGCUUCGAAUAAAUGUCCCUUAAAGGUAGCUUUAAUUGGGAUUCCCCAAGAAAUGCUACAAGAAGUUAAAAACAGUGAAAAUGCCAUUAUUCAAACAUUUAUAACUGAUUAUAUUUUUGGUGAAGAAUGUAAUUUUAUUGUGAAAACAACUUUUCUGUACCUUAAUCCAUGCUUUGCGUAUUUGAAAAAUACUGUUUGUCCUCAUGAAUCAUUGAUUUUUGUUGCCGAACAGAUGGAAAUUUUUAACAAUGAAUUUUAUGUAUAUGCUACUGAUAUUAAUUUUGUAGAUACAUGUUUUGAAAGCAAGAAAAGAUAUUUCGAUAAUACGACAACUCAAAUUACUUCAACACCAAAAAAUUCUAUUCACUCCAAACUUUUUGUUACUCAUCAAAAUGUUUUGAAGAAUACAAAUGAAAAAUUUGAAAAUAAAGGUUUACCUUUGGUAAAUUCAGAUAAUUUUCAUGAUAGCUCUAGAUCAACAUCAUCAACUAAUUCUCAAUUAUUGAAACAUGUCCGAGUAGAAAAUAUUAGUAUAGAACAAACAAAUCAAGAAUUUAAUGAAAAAAACGAUUUGGCUGAUUAUGAUCAGGAAAAAUAUAAAGAAAUAACAAAUGAAAAAUGUCAAAAAAAUACCUCAAAUGAUUAUGAAAAAGGUAAAGAAUGA